CUCUCUCACUUCCUUUCUUCUCCACCCAAGAAAGAAACGACAUCUCACCAACUCCGUCCCGUUUAUUUUUCUUUCUCAAAAACAAAUUUUCAUUUCUUCUUCUCUCUCCCUCGCGUGAAUCGGUAGCUCCUCUUAUCUUUCUUGUUUAUAUGUGAAGAGAAAAAAGGGAAAAAUAGAGAGCUUCCUCUCCUUCUUCUUUUUUUUUUUUUUUUAAAUUUCUUUUUCCUCUCCUUAGAGAAGUACUUUGCUGAAGAUACAAGGACAAAAGAAUUUGGACAUUUAUUGCAUCAAAAAUCAAAUUAUUCGUAUUGAAAGGGAGAGAGAGUGUGUGUGUGUGUGUGUGGAAUCGAUCGAUCGAUUCAUCGAUUUUUUGAUGGCGUCAACUCUGAUCUCGAAUCAUAAUAAUCCUCUAACGACAAACACAAACAGCGAUCGCUCGAAAAGGAAAAAAAAGAAGAGAUCAUCACAAAACCAGCAGCAGGUUAAAGACAAUCAAAAGCAAGGCCAUGCUAAAUGGAAAACAGAAGCGCAACAACAAAUCUACUCUUCAAAACUCAUUCAAGCCUUGUCUCAAGUUCGGCUUACUCCUCCUUCUCCUUCAGCUCCUCGUCAAGGCCGAGCUGUUCGAGAAGCUGCUGAUCGAGCCUUAGCCUUUGCAGCUAAAGGGAGAACCAGAUGGAGCCGAGCGAUUUUAACUAGCCGGAUCAAGCUCAAGUUUAGGAAACAGCACAAGAGGCAGAAAGUAUCGGCUCCUACUGGUUCUGUUGCUGUGACUGGGAGUAACCGGUCAUUGAAGAAGCCGAGAGUUGGUGUUUUCAGGUUGAAAAAGAAGAGUUUACCGACUGUUCAAAGAAAAGUUCGUGUUUUAGGACGGUUGGUUCCCGGUUGCCGGAAACAACCUUUGCCUGUUAUUUUAGAAGAAGCUACUGAUUAUAUUGCUGCUCUUGAGAUGCAAGUUAGAGCCAUGAGCGCUUUAGCUGAAUUGCUCUCUGGUUCAACCUCAACCUCAAGCUCCGCCGCUAGUUCUGCGCCGUCGCCGACGAGUUGAUGGCUUUAUAUAUCUCCGCUUAUUAUGAUAGCCAGAUGUGAAUUUCUGGUUAUUUAAUUUUCAUUAUUAUUACUAUUAUAAUAUUUUUCCUUAAUUUUCUA